CGGUUCUCUCUGCUCACUAGUCACUCCGCAAUUGCAAGCUUUCGUUCAUGGCUACCGAACUCUUCUUCACUCCCAUUCCCAAUCUUCCUCACCCAUUUGUGAAAUUCCCAGAAAACCCCCUAAGAAUCCCACUUUUUGCACUUCCACCCCUCACCAUCUCUUCUGGGUUUUGCUCCCUCAAGACUGUUUCAAGCUCCAGAGGUCGAUCAUCAUCAGCCGUUCACGCUGUGCAAGAAGAAGUUAUUCAAGCUCCAAAUUCAGAUUCCCAAACUGCCCCUCCUUCGUCUUCCAAGCUUGUUCUUGUUGUUGGCGGCACUGGUGGUGUAGGGCAAUUGAUAGUGGCAUCGCUGCUUAGCCGGAAUAUCAAAGCCCGGUUACUACUCAGAGACCCUGAGAAAGCAACGAUUCUGUUUGGCAAACAAGAUGAGGAAAAACUACAGGUAUGUAAAGGGGACACUCGAAACCCAGAGGAUGUAGAUCCAUCUAUAUUUGAGGGUGUCACACAUGUUAUUUGUUGCACGGGAACGACAGCCUUCCCUUCGAAGAGAUGGGAUGGGGAUAAUACACCCGAAAGAGUAGAUUGGGAAGGUGUGAGAAAUCUUGUGUCUGCAUUGCCUUCUUCACUAAAGAGAAUAGUUCUUGUUUCAUCGGUUGGUGUAACCAAGUUCAAUGAAAUACCAUGGAGCAUCAUGAAUCUAUUUGGUGUUCUCAAAUAUAAGAAAAUGGGGGAAGAUUUUCUUCGCAAUUCAGGUCUUCCAUUUACGAUAAUCAGACCUGGUAGAUUGACGGAUGGACCUUACACAUCAUAUGACCUGAAUACUUUGCUCAAAGCUACAGCUGGGCAGCGCCGUGCAGUUCUUAUUGGCAAAGACUUGAAGAAAAACAGAACCCAAUUUUGGUCUGCAAACUCUGUUAUGGAAGGAGAUAAACUGGUAGGAGAGGUCAGUAGACUUGUGGUUGCAGAAGCUUGCAUACAGGCACUUGACAUAGAUUUCACCGAAGGCGAAAUCUACGAGAUCAACUCAGUAGAGGGGGAGGGUCCAGGAAACAAUCCCCAGAAAUGGCGAGAACUGUUUAAAGCUGCCGGAGCUCAAUGAUCAGCCUCGGAUUAUACCACCGGAUUCAGGAGAUUGUGAUGUAUACAAAAAUAAUGCUUGUGAGUUCUACACAAUUAUGAUAAAUGUUGUAAAUUUUAUUGUUUUAUUAUAAGGUUCAUCAAGUACCUUUUUUUUCCAACAAUUUAGCAAGCUCCAGAAGUAAAAUCCCCGUCGAAUACUGAUUGACAGGUAA